CACCCAGUAUAGUACAUACUACUUAAUCUCUCUACAAUGGCUCGCUUCCUACAAAUCCUGCUUGUUGCCUCCUUGGCUUUCGCACUCUGCGCCGCUGAAGCGCCACGUUUCCGUGGUCGUAACGGACGCCUACAACUCUCCAAGCAACGUAGCCGUUUCUUGGCACGUCAAGAAGCCGCUGAGGAAGCUGGUGUAACCCCAUACCCCUCCGCCAAGGAAUUGAUUCCAGAGAUUCCAUUCGAUGAAGCCGCCGCCGCCGCCGCUGCACCUGAAGUACCCGUUGAAGCACCAGCUGUACAGGAAGGUGACGUAAAUGUCUCUGUGAAUGAUGAUCUCCCAGCCGAGCAGGCACCAGCUGAAGAAGAAGCUGAUGAACCCGCGCUCGCCGAUGAUGCUGAGGGUGAACACGAACCAGACCUCAUCUAUGGGCCACCUGAGGCUGAGGAUGUGCCAACUGAGGAACAAGCAGCCGCUGAGGAGGCCAUCGAAUCUGCACGUUUGACUUCAGGUCGUCCCAUCAACGCACGCAACUCCGCUCGUCCAGCUAAGUUGCGUGCUGCAGUUCGUGCUCCUGCUAACUCCGUGAAAUCGGCCAAAAUUGUUAAAGCGACCAAAACUCGCUCAGCUCGUCUGCAACAAUUGCCACAACAACAACAGUUGUUUGUGCCUCAAAAGUUUGCAGCUCAACAACAGCAACAAUCUUAGUAGAUUCAAAAAACGGUUAUACUAGUUACGGUAGUAUAGAAAAUUGUUAACAAUUAAAAUUAAUAUAUAAACGUGUGUUGUUAAAGAAUUUUUUAGACUGAUA